GCUUGCCGUGUUACUGUGCGUGCGUGUAUAAUCGAAUACGUGUUGAUUUAGUAUUUGUCAAUAGGUUCAAAACUUUUAUUUUAUUUAUUUUAUCAUACGAGUUACGUGUCCAUUGCUUUAAUUACUGAGAUACCGUUAGUAAGUGACCACAUUCAUGUGUAAUAGGCAACAUAAUCCUGUCAUAAAUACUUUAUAAAUUAGAUUUUAAAACGUAAACAAACAUGUCUAGAGGCAAAUCAGAAUUCAAGUUUAUAUUUUACUCAGUUGCCAUAUUUUUCUGUUACUUCGUAUUUGCUUUGUUACAAGAGAAAAUAACCAGAGGAAAAUAUGGCCAGAAUGAUAAAUUUACUUGCGCUUUGUCUCUUGUUUUCGUGCAGUGUUUGGUAAAUUACAUUUUCGCCCAAAUUUUGAUGCUAUCGUGGAAACAUGACAAAGAUACUACAAGGACUAUAUAUUACUUCUCAUCAGCUCUCACAUAUCUUUUGGCUAUGGUUUGUUCCAUAAUGGCCCUGCAGUGGGUGAACUACCCAACACAAGUUGUUGGAAAAGCAGCCAAGCCAAUCCCAGUCAUGGUCCUUGGAGUCUUGAUAGGUCACAAAGUAUAUCCUCUUAAGAAGUACUUAUUCAUACUACUGAUAGUUAUUGGUAUAGUUCUUUUCAUGUUCAAAGACCAGACAAGGAAGACUGAGGAUUCCCAGGGUUUUGGCAUUGGAGAAAUUCUGUUGCUUUUGUCCUUGACUAUGGAUGGUUUGACUGGAGCUGUGCAGGAACGAAUCAAGGCUGAAUCGUCGCCAACCGCAUAUUCCAUGAUGUUGAACACAAAUGGGUGGUCUACAAUAAUUUCCGGCGUGGGCGUGUUGCUGAGUGGUGAAAUUUUCAAGUUCAUCUCAUUCGUAUCUCUUUACCCUGAGAUUCUGUUGUACCUCAUUGCCUUUGCACUCACCGGAGCCUUAGGACAGCUCUUCAUAUUCUUUAUGGUAUCGGAGUUUGGCCCGCUCCCUUGCUCGGUGGUUACGACAACCAGGAAGUUUUUCACCGUUCUCGCAUCAGUGAUAUUUUUCGGCAACGUUCUUAUUCCGAGGCAGUGGAUUGGUGCUGUUUUAGUUUUUACAGGACUGUUCCUAGACAUAUUCUACAGUAAAGGAAAGAAGAGCCCGGCGAAACGCGCGGCUCAGAAAUGAUGGCCGUCGAAAACCAAGACACAAAUGUAAUAAAAAUGCAGUCACGAAAAUUAUGAACAUUUAUAUAAAUAAAUAUUAAAUGAUAGCGCCAUAUGGCCUUAAGUUCAUCUGUUGAAUGUUUAAAAUAGUUAUUUGGAAACGUUAAGAUACCUGCAAAUGUCUACAACAAAUUUUCUGUUGAAAAGUAUAUAUGUACUUUUUUAGGUCUUCUUCAUCCUCUUGGCGUUAGUCUACAUUCUCACCUAUAUAGAUGAGCCCGGGGGGACUUUUGCAAGUACAUAAUGUUCGUGACUGGACUGAAAAUUAUUCAAAUUUUAUGUAAUUUAGUAACUAACAACGCCACAUAAAUGUGAAAAAUUAGUUCGAUAAACUGAUUAUUAUAUGUGGAUAUAAUAUACAUAAAUAUACGAUCACGCCUGUUGCUCGUAGGUGUAGGCAGAGAUUACAUCUUUUCACUUGCCACAAUCCCUUCAUAAAUACUUCUUUAGGUUCAUUUAUAGGUCAUAUAUUUUCAUGCAGGCUCGUUAACUUAGAGUAUUCUUGACCUGACCAGUACAAUUUUUAAGUGGAUCAAUAUGAUUUAUACGUAAUAUUUGAAAAAUAAAAAAAAAUGUGAAAAUGAAAUAGUGAAAAUAAAUUAAAUAAACUGCUGCUUAUACGUCUCUGCCUAUCACGUGAUGGCUUUUGUUACGGUUUUUCACUAACAUCGAUACAAUUCCUUCCAAAAUGUAUUUAUUAUGCAGUCUUCCGUGGAGAAAUAUAAUACAACCCUCUCUGUUCAAAACAAAACCAAAGAAACAUGAGAAACUACGUCCAGUUUCUGUGGAAGUGACAGUACCCAUGUGGAGCUUGGCGGGCGCCAGUGUUACCAACUACUAGAAAAGCCACGACGAUACAAAUUAUUUAUUUAAGAGGAACUCUAUAUAAGUAGGUAUACUUAUGACAUAAUUAUAUCGCUAAAAGAGAAGUCAUUACAUUCAAUAAUAACUACGUCGUUAAAGUUUUGACUUUUCAAACAUGGUGAUAUGUCCAUAAAACCCAUUGAAAGAGAAUGAAGAUAAAGCAUGCACCACAUCCUUUUCUUAAAAAAUGCAAAUCGUGCCACAGACGAAAUAAGAAGAAUCCCAAGCCUAAAGCGAUAAAUAAUUAAUAAUUCAUGACAUUUUUCUGUGUGUGUGUGCAAUAAUGCUGUAGAUAUAUUUUUAUAUACAUAAUUUUGUGAAAAAAAUGCAACAUGGCAUGAGUCAGUCUUUUGACAAACUAUUUAUACUUAUUAAUUUUUUUUUAUGUAUUUAAUACUUUUAAGAAAAAGUAAGACCAUUCCAUAGUCUUGUAAGAUUCAUUUAAGUAAGUGUAUCUUAUUAUUUUAAUGAAAAGAGCUUGUAAUGCACAAAAUAAUUGAGGUACAAAUUUACCUCUCUUAACUACGUUAUUUAGAAUACAUUACUUUCUUCCUUUAUGUGAAAAUUUGAGUACUAUUUUUGUUAUUUAUUUGUACCUAGUUUUAUUUUCACUUUCCGAAUGCAUUAUGAAACUUUAAGGUUAACAAAUAUUUCUUUAAAAUUUAGUUUUUAUCAAUGUUGUAAAAUUCAUCUUAUUGAGCUAUAUCUACAUAUUUAUUUAUACUUUUUUCAACUCAAUACUACGGUAAAUUGUUUUUGAAUAGGCUAGUUGACUCAUAAUUAAUUUAUUUCAUGAAUAUUUCCUAUUGCAUUUAGCUUAAGGAAUCAAAGUAUAGCAAUUUUAAUAAUUAAAAUCGCGAGAUUCAUCAAAGCACAUAAAGCGGACAGCAUUAUCGUUAUUUUUGAAAAAUAUGAUUAUAAAUGAAUUUUUGAGACUUCGUCAUUCUUCUUCGUUUUAUUUAUAUUUCGUCAAAAUAACAAAUAUAAAUUAUUUAGGACUAGCUUAAAAGAGUCAACGAGCCUAUUCCAUUUUCUCUUAACUCUUUGUUCAUUAUGAACUGAAUUGACAGUUAUGUAACUUUUGCAUAAUAAAGCCACUAAAAAAGUAAAAUCAACAAGCAUUUUAUCUGUCACUUUAGUGAGAUAUACUUUUGAAGACAAAUGCUGUGCGUACCUUGCAUGACGCAGGAUUAAUGAUCCUUCCUGAAAGAACUCCAGAUAGAAAAAUAUCUAGGCUUCUGAUCCUCUACUUUCUAACUACUUUCACUGAUCACUGAAUGAAGAAGACUAUUGUGUAACUGAAUAGGACAACAUAAACUAAUGUAUGCAGUAAUAGUCAUGAAAUAAAAGGUGUUUUUUCCCUAAGGUCAAAUGCAAUAAAUGUGUUAGGUUCCGUGGAAGCCCCGAAGGGUCACAGACGGGAGUCACUUCGUGUUGUAUAUGAUUCAAAAACUUUUUGUCUGUCUGUCUAUAUUUUCAGGCAUCUCGUGAAAACUAACGGUUCAAUUUCGAUGAAACUUGGUAUAAUUAUACCUUAUUAUCCUGGGCAUAAAAUGGGUUUUACUUUUUAUCCUAGAAAAAUACGUAGAAAAAAAAUAAAUCAAAAUUUUUCAGUUUUAUCCAUAGACGUUGUUCUGUAGAACCGCGAACACACAUUGCGUUACCCGAAGUGGAUUCAGCACUCUAAUAAGAUGUCAUUGUCAGAUUUACUCAAAAUGGAGAAAUAAGCAAUCCACGCGAAGACCGACAUCCGCACGGACGGAGUCGCCAAAGCCAAAAAACAUAACUAGGUAGUGUCAAUGGCGACUUUUUAGCUAGUACUCUUCUUUUGUUUUUGGUCGUAAUGCGCUAAAACUUUUAUUCGUUCAUUUGAAUAGUUGAAUAUUGCAUUGAAAGCGGGCAGACGGCGACGCUUUGCAGAAUUCUAUGUAAUAUUACUGCCCUCGCGUCAGUGACUCUCAAAGUCAGCACUAACAAAGGGAUGGAGACAUCAAUUCUAGUCCAGAUUUAUCAUUAAAUUCAAUUUACCUAUUGUCCUCUUGACCUGACAUUUCCCCAGGAUUAUUAGAUACAAGGACUAGAGACGUUCGCAGUUCUAGUUAUGCAUUCGAUACAGUGUGGUACUGUUUACGCAGGCGGAUACAAAUAAUGGUUACUACUACAGACUUCUACUUAUAGUCUUAGUUGUAGGAAAGAUACAAGGCAUACAAUUGUAAUAAAAUACCUGUGCCAGGGCGCUCUGCAGCCCUUUCAUAACAUAUAGUUCACUAAAAUAUCACUAGAUGGCGCUAGUAGUAGAUAAACUUGUUAAUUCUACGAGAUUGGGGUACAUUAUGAAGUACUUUGUUUUUUUGGUUGCCUAUUUCAUAGAUCGGAAAUAUAUACCGCCGUAAGUGUUAACCUUUGACGCUUACGAGUAUGAGCGCCGAUAUUGAUCUAUAAUAUAAAAAGUCCUGCAAAGGCCAACACCGUAAUUUUUGGCCGGACAGGCAACCGAAAAGCUUGACUGUAUAUUUAGUUUGUCGCCAAAUCAUUUUUUUUAUUUAUUAUGAAAUGAAAUUUAAAAAAACAGUAU